UGAUCAAAGUAAGAAUGACAUUGGCGUGACAUUGACAGAUGAUUCAGAUGCGCGACUUCCCAAGUUCCCAAUCUUCCCAUUAUAAUUAAAUUCCCAGGAAAAGUUUUCCUCCAACGAAAAAUAUUUAAUUUACGUUCGCACUCGCAGUAACCUCAUAAACAAUGGCCGAGAAAAAGAAAGCACUGUUUAUUUGUCUUGGAAACAUUUGCCGCUCGCCGAUAGCCGAAGGCGUUUUCCAGAAGACCGUGAAUGACUUGAACAUCGGAGAUAAUUGGGAGAUCGACAGUGCCGCUAUCGGCGCUUGGCAUGUCGGAAACACACCAGACUAUCGCGCUAUGGACACUAUGAAGGAGCAUAAUGUUCCAUAUAACAAUCGUGCUAGACAGAUUACAAAAGAAGACUUCAACCAUUAUGACUACAUAUUUGGCAUGGACGAGGCCAACAUGAAGGACCUCAAGAGACUAGCUCCUAAGAACAGCAAGGCUGAGCUGCUUUUGUUUGGUGAUUUUGAUCCUCAGGGUGACAGGAUCAUUAGGGAUCCUUAUUAUGAUGCUGAUUCCAAGGGUUUUGAAAAAUGUUACCAGCAGUCUGUCAGAUGUUCCAAGGGAUUUUUAGAGCACUUGGAAAAUAAAGGUUAAAAGAAUGUGAGCUACAUUCCAAGAUACCAAGAUUUAAACUGAUAUUGUUAAUUAAAUUAUAUUUAUCAAUAAAAUAAACUUGUGUUACAAC